CAGGCUUCUGAUGUCCGGGCGUGGGGGCUGUUCUGACGGCUGCUCCCCGCCCCAACCCCCUACUAACCUCUUCCUCCCGCUCGGGGACCAGUUUGACCCUUGUGCUAUCGCUUAGUUCCGGAAAGCUUAGCUAUGCGCCAAGCACAGCGCCGCCUACCCUUGGACCACAUCCCAUCCCAUCCCAUCUCGUUCCAGCGACGCUCUUUCGUGGAAAGAUUUGAGUCCUAUAAACACGUAUCAUUCACAACAUUAUGGCGCCUAUGGAAACAAGUCCGACCCCUCCGGCCACCGCGCCACGAGGCCAACGUCCCGGAUAUGCAUGUGACGAGUGUCGACGCCGCAAACUGCGGUGCGAUGGGCGCCAACCACAGUGUAGCUUGUGUCAAACAACGGGAGCAGUCUGCGAGGUCACUCAGCGCGGCCUACGAGGGCCCAAGAAGGGUUAUCUGAAGGCUCUCAAGAACCGAGUCGUGCAGCUUGAAGCCCUUUUGGAGAGCCGGCUUAGGACCCAGCAGCGACAAGAAGCGCAGGAUGAGCAGCAGGACGAGCAAGUGCAGCAAGUGCAAUCGCAGGAAGCGCAACAAGCACCACGGAAGCAGCAGCAGCAGCAGCAGCAUCAGCAGCAUCAACAAGAACAUGGCGUUCUCAUGGAGAACACUAGCAAUGAUGAUGGCAUCACGAUGUCAAUGGACCCAGGACCUCCGGUGGCCUCUCCAGCCCCUAUGGCUCUGCGUGCAACACCGGUUGCACCCAGGCCUAUGACGCCUGUGCUUCCCACGCCACCAAUGGAGUACGUAGAUGUGAUAGCGUCAGAAGCACCAGCAUUCGACUUGAACCAGCUUCAACUGUCAGCGGCGGACUUUACGGUGUCGGAUCAAGAUAUGCUCCUAUCAUCAGGCAGUUUCAUGGCGGACUUGGACACCCUUCAUGACGACGUGUCUGCAUCUCUAUUGCCGCUGCCAAACACGCAGGUUCAUAUGACGGGGGUCCUCCAGGCUGAGCUAGACCAAUUAUACUUCGAUCGAGUUCACCCAUCAAUACCAAUCCUCCACCAGCGACGUUAUUUGGCAUGGUCCAGGUCCAAAGUCAAAAGGCCAUCCCGGGAUUGCCUGCAGCAUGCCAUGUGGACAUUGGCGGCGUUGCUGUCUGCCGAGUACAGGGACAUGGUGGACUCCCUAUACGGCGCAACGAAACAGAUGCUGGAAGCACACGGCGUUGAGAGCAGCGCUUCGGACGGAAGUGACACGGAAAUUGUUCUGUCCUGGGUACUAGUCGCGUUGUGCGAGUCCAUGCGGACACGAUAUCGAGAGUCCUGGAUGAACGCCGGUCGAGCUAUUCGCAUGGUGCAGGGCCUGCGUUUCCAUGAGAUCGAUAGUCCCAGGUCCUCCAACGACCGACGUCUCUCGGAAUCCGCACCGGCCCCUCCAGAGAGUGAGGACUUUACAGAGACCGAACAGAGACGCCGGGUCUUCUGGAUGGCCUACUUCCUGGACCACCUUCUCAGCAUUCGCCAUGAUUGGCCUGUCACUCUACACGAGCACGUGAUUUGCACCCGUUUGCCAGUACCAGACUUGGAGUUUCAGACGGGUCAACAGGUCCUGGGCAAUUUCUUGUCAGAAGCCAUAACAGAGCCCAAUCCGAGAAUAAGGUCCCCAUUCAAUGAGUGCCUGAUCACGGUCACGAUUUGUGGUCGUAUCCUGCUCCGUGGGCAACAGCGGAAGAUAUCCAGGGCGUACGGCGACAUCAGCUUGGACUCCGCCGAGCAGCGUUGGUGGUUGGACGGCAUCCUUACCACCAGACUCCAAGUACUAUCGCAAUGCUACCCGCCGCCAUCCGAGGCCUACGAGCCGAUGCUCCUAUUUGCCCAAGUACUGGCCCCUGCCACCGUCGUGUACUACUGCAACAGCAUGAUCGAGUCGCUGGGGAGCCGAGGCGAUCAAACAGAGCCCGACGAACAGGUCCUGGAAUACCAGCGCCGCGCCCUGGACGCCACCGCCACAAUCACACGUCUCGCCAAGGCACUGAGUGAACUUCACUUCUCCAGAGUGCAUCCGCUGACACCAAUUCCCUUGUUCAUCUGCGCCGAGUUCCUCUAUGCGGAUCGCAAGACCGAGCCCUUCGGUUCGCAGCUCAAGGAACUGGCCCAGGCGUUAUCCCAGCUCAAGAACGUCAACAAGCUAGAACAAAGCUACCUAGACCUGCUGCCACACUCCUGUGUCAGUAAGCUGACGGAGCUGGCGGCCUGACAGUAAAUCACUCAGCCAGACGAGUGUGCCUUGAAAACAAUAGUUAACCAUGUCAAUUUAGAUAGAGUCGUGCUUGAUUGACAGUCCACUUGAAGCAUGUUUUGGGAAACAAGUGCGCAAAAAAGAAGUUUACCCUGGAUAUUUAGUGGGCGGAUUUGACUCGUGUAUUUGGCUGUACUGCUCGAUGGUCUUGUUCUGUAAAUUGAUAUCAUGCUGGUAAGUCGGUUGCAUUGCUUCCAAGACGGAGGCUCGCUUGUGCGAUGAUAUGACAAUUUGUUUGCGCUGGAUUAGAUUAGCGUCACUUUGGUCCUAGAUGUGCUUCAAAACUACACGACCUGUUCCUUCAUGGGAAAAUGAUCCGUCGAUCGUGCCAUUUCAUCACGAAACCCAAAAUAAAAUGUGAAACCUCAAG